GAAAUUGACCCCAUAGACUAGCCUACCUGCACUGUAUCUGUUUUUGGCUAGAUCGCACGUUCUAAAACCAGAGUAGGCACUUUGCUAUUUAACACAACAGUUUUUGUGACAGAACUACAGGAAAUGCGAUGGAAACACAUUAACUUUAGAUUUGUACUUGGUACAUGAAAAGUUAAACGAAAUAUUACUUUUUCUGUGAACUAUGUCAUCACGCACUGAUUUUUAUCCGCACUAAAUCCGUUUGGUGGAAACACCACUGGAUGGAAACCUACUUCGAAUGAGGCCUGUGUCUAUACAUUUUUUGUUUUCUGAGAAAAAAUGACCAACAUUUAUCUGCUCUUGCGCUUAAUGCCCUCUGUUGGUAGGGUUUCGGUACCGCAAGAUCGUCACUCUUUGUAUACCACGUGACUAAAUGCAGAGUAGGUCGUCCACAGAGUUUCAAUCUUUGGUUCGUCACUCCCGCCGCCCUUGUGGUUUUACUUCCGCCAUCUUUGUUUGAGCAGAGCUACGGAGUGAGCAGAAUAGCAUAAACGUAUUCACUUUAAUUUCCCUCAAAAUGUCCAAACUACAGCUGUUGAAUGUGUUUCUCUCACAGCGCUUGACGGAGGCAACUGUUGACAUAUUUGAGGCAGUCGAAAAAACAAUAACCGAGUUCCAGGAAGAAAUCUCCAGUUCAAAGGAGGAGAUCGAACGUCUACAGAGGCUUCUGGAUUUGGCUUUGAAACCCGAUUUAAAGUUACAUAAAUCAGAUGCCCAGCAGCUUACUCUCCCUGUCCCAGAGGAGGUUCCCCCUGAGAAGCAGCACUGUGAGCAGGAGUGGAGCCCCAGUCUAGGCCAGGAGGAGCCAGAUCCCACAAACAUUGAAGGGGAAGAGGAGGUCAGGACCAGUCAGGAGGAGCAGCAGUAUCAAGGACUGGAGCCCGACAUAGAGUUCAUAUUUACUCCUCCCUGUGUGGAAAGUGACUAUGAUCAGGACCCACCCCAGCCCUCACCUACCACCAACACAACUGAAGAGAUGGACACUGAAACGGAGGGGGAGAGAAAUGGAGCAUCAUUAACAACCAGUGACUUCCAGUCCCCCUCUGUAGAAAAUCCAGGAUCCCCUGCAGCUCAGAACAACACCAGUGGAAGUGUUGAUGUAGUGGCAAGUGGGGGACUACUGUCAGCGUUGGGGUUAAUACGUACAACCAGUAUGCAAGCAAGUGUUGGAGGCCGGAGAACCAAAAAAUUACCCCACAAGAAAGUACAAAGCUCCCAUUCCAGUGCAGUAAGCAGGAAGACUACCAAGUUACCCCUUAAGAUAGUGCAAAGCCCAGAUACCAGUGAUGGAGGCAAGAAGACUACCAAGUUGCCACUGAAGACAGUGCAAAGUCCAGAUACCAAUGUAGUAGGCAGGAAGACUACCAAGUUACCCCUCAAGACAGUGCAAAGCCCUGAUACCAGUGUAGUAGGCAGGAAGACUACCAAGUUGCCCCUAAAGACAGUGCAAAGCCCUGAUACCAGUGCAGUAGGCAGGAAGACUACCAAAUUACCCCUCAAGACAGUGCAAAGCCCUGAUACCAGUGCAGUAGGCAGGAAGACUACCACGUUACCCCUCAAGACAGUGCAAAGCCCUGAUACCAGUGCAGUAGUUAGGAAGACUGCCAAGUUACCUCUCAAGACAGUGCAAAGCCCUGAUACCAGUGAUGGAGGCAGGAAGACUACCAAGUCACCCCUCAAGACCGUGCAAAGCCCCAAUACCAGUACAGUAGGCAGGAGAACUUCAAAGUCACCAUGUAUAAGAGGCGAGGAGAGUGGAGGACUACGGUCAGCACUAGGGUUAGUUCGGACAUUGAGAGCACGGGUCAAGAAAGAACAAAGCUCUCCUGCCAGUGCAGAAGGCAGGAAAACUAAAAAGUUACCCCACAAGAAAGGAAAAAGUUAUCUUACCAGUGCUGGAGGCAGGAAAAUCAUCAAGUUACCCAAGGUAACAUCAGCCAAUAAAAACCAUACUGCUCCUCAUUGUUGCAAGAUGUGUGGGAAGUCUUUUGUUUUCAUGACUUAUUUAGUUAGUCAUGUGCAAAAAAUUCAUUUAAAGGAUAAAUACCAUCUUUGUGGGGUUUGUGGGAAAGAUUUUAGGUCCACAGAUAGUAUGGUGAAGCAUUUGCAAACCCACAUGGGCGUGAAGCAUUUCUGCCACGCCUGUGCUAAGGUCUUCACUUGUAGUUCCAACCUGAAAGUGCAUAUGAGGAUCCAUACAGGGGAGAAGCCAUUUCACUGCAAACACUGUGGUAAAGGCUUCACUGUGAGAAAAUCCCUGGAAGACCAUGAGAAGACUCACACAGGGGAGAGGCCAUUUAAGUGCACUUCGUGUGGAAAAUGUUUCUCGUCAACGACUCAUCUAAGUCGCCACCAGGAAAUUCACACAGGAGAGAAACCCUAUCAGUGCAAUGAUUGUGGGAAAAGCUUCAGUCGGAAGGAAAAACUGGCAGAACAUAUGAGGACCCAUACAGGGGAGAAACCAUAUCCCUGCCCUGAAUGUGGCAAAUGCUUUGGUCUGAAGGGAAAUCUGACCACCCAUAUGAUAAGACACACAGGGGAGAAACCAUGCAGGUGCGAAGAAUGUGGCAAAUGUUUCUCUUUGAAUGCAGACCUGAAAAUUCAUAUGAGGACACACACGGGGGAGAAAAGAUAUAAGUGCAAUGUUUGUGACAAAUCCUUCACUCAGAAGGCGUACUUGGCUAGCCACACUAUGAAACACAGGGCAGAGAAACAACCGGCAGAGAAACAACCGGUUCAAUGACUGUGGUAAAUGCUUCAAUCAAAUGGGAAUCUUGGAGAGAACGUGAAGAGCACUUACAGAGUAAAAACUCCUCCGUUCAUUGUGAAUUUAUUUUUGACGUUUUCUGGUGUGAGAAAAUGACAAUACACCACCACAGUUGAAAAAGUUGAAAGAGACCUGUGUGGGGAAAAUGUGAGGUUAGAGCAUAGUUUUAGAGCACAUUGUACUCUAUAUACCAUUAGGAACCUCAGAUGAUGACUUGGUAGAAUAAACUUAGGGUAUGCAUGAAUAAACAUGCAGAACAUGGUAGAAAAGUUGGUAGAUUGAGUGGAUUUUAAGGCAGAAGCAACAGUCCCAGCUAAUUUAUCAAAUGUCACAACAAUUUAGUCACUAUCUUCUAUUAGUAAAAACUCUAUUUUGUUUGAUUAAAGGGUUAGUUCACCCAAAUUACAAAAUUACAUUAGUUUCCGUACCCUGUAACUAGUCUAUGGACAAGGUAUGACAGCAAUCCAUGUUUUGGUUUAGUUUCCAUGGCACUGUUUUCACAUGCUAACGUUUUAGCAUUUGUGGCACAAAUCCCAUUCAAGUCAUGGGACCGAUUUUAUUUGUGACUGAGGAUCACAAUCCAUUUCAGAUACUUUCGGAUGAUUUGGACAUGAUGCGUGAAAAAUGCUAAUAUCGGUUACAUGACUUGAAUGGGAUUUGCGCCACAAACACUAAAACGUUAGCAUGUGGAAACGGUCAUACCUUGUCCAUAGACUGCUUACAGGGUAAGGAAACCAAUUUGGGUGAACUAUCCCUUUAAGGCUAAUGCGUUGUUUGAUAUUAAUGUAUCUAUAUCACAGGAGGUUGGUGGCACCUUAAUUGGGGAAGACGAGCUCAUGGUAAUGGCUGUAGCAGAAUCGGUGGAAUGGUAUCAAAUAUAGGUUUUCCACGUGUUUGACGCCAUUCCAUUUGCUCUGUUCCAGCCAUUAUUAUGAGCUGUCCUCCCCUCAGUGCUGAUCUAUGUAAUACUAUAUCAUUGGUAUCGGCUUGAUUUCAUCUUAUGAAAGUAUUUGUUGCAGCAAUAACAAGGAAUUGUGUACAUGUUUUGUCAUUUAUUGUAAUGGACUUCCUUGACUUGACACCCAAAUGAAAUGUGUAGCUUUUUGUUUGACCUAACAUCAGCAUUUUGUGUGAAACCUGUGAAUAUUUGUCUAUUACAUUUACCAUUCAUUAAAAAGGUCAAUUUUUUGUUCUUGAAA